AUGGAUACCAAGAACUGUGCAACAACGAUGUCUUCAUCCACACCACGGAAAAGCUGUCCUGGGAUUACAAAUUCUGAGAUGCUCUCUUCCAACUCCAGCUGCCAGCCUGGUGCUCUCAAAACCAACAGCUGCCAACCCACUGGCCAUGUUGGCAGAGCUCUCCCCUGUCAAGGAUGCCAAUCCACUCCUUGCCUCUGUCUCACCCCUGUCUGCUUAGUAAGAAACUUCAUUACCUGUCUUUCUCUGGAUGAUUGUGGCUGGUGUGGUGAAGGGAUCAACAGCAAUGAGAAAGAGAGCCUGCAAAUCUUGAACAGCCGUCUUGCUAACUACCUGGGUAAAGUCCGGAUGCUGGAACAAGAGAAUGCAGAACUGGAGCGUAAAAUUCAGGAAGAGAGCAACAAAAUGCUCCCUGCUAUAUGCCCUAAUUACCGGGCCUACUACACAACUAUUGAGGAGCUACAACAGAAGAUCUUGUGUACCAAGGCUGAGAAUUCCAGACUGGUUUCACAAAUUGACAAUUCCAAACUGACUGCGGAUGACUUGAGAGCCAAAUACCAAGCUGAGCUGUCCCAACGCCAGCUGGCAGAGGCAGAUGCCAACAGCUUAAAGCAAAUCCUGGAUAUUCUCACCCUGGGAAAGGCUGACCUCGAGACACGAGUCCAGUCCCUGAAGGAGGAGCUCCUCUGCCUCAAGACCAACCAUGAAAAGGAAAUCGCUUCCUUACAGAGUCAGCUGGGACACAGACUCAACAUUGAAGUGACCGCUGCUCCUUCUGUUGACCUAAACCGUGUUCUCCAAGAAAUGAGAUGUCAGUAUGAGUCUAUCAUGGAAACAAAUCGUAAAGAUGUGGAACAAUGGUUCAACAUGCAGAUGGAGGCGCUGAAGCUGCAGAUAGACACAAACUCUCAAGAGCAGCAGAGCUGCCAAAAGGAGAUCAUGGAGCUGAGACGCACCAAGAACACUCUGGAGGUUGAAUUGCAGGCCCAGCACCAAAUGAGAGAUUCCCAGGAAUGCAUCCUGACUGAGACAGAGGCCCACUACACAGGCCUGCUGGCCCAGUUCCAGUGCCUUAUUGACAACUUGGAGGCUCAGUUGGCAGAGAUCCGGUGUUCCCUGGAAAGAGAGAACCAAGAGUAUGAGAUUCUGCUGGAUGUCAAGUCACGGCUGGAGUGUGAGAUUGCCACAUACCGCAGCCUUCUGGAGAACUCGGAUGGCAAGCUCCCCUGUAAUCCGUGUGCCACCAAAUGCGAGCCUCCCACUUGCAUGCACAGUAAGGCCAGAGUCAUGGAGUGCACAGCCCCUGUUAAUACAUCAGUUCCAGCCCCCCGUGGUAUGUGCGAGCCCUCCUGUGCCUAUGGAGCCCUGUCCCGGUUACUGGUUAAAAUCUGCACCAUCACUGAGGAGAUCCAGGAUGGAAUAGUCAUCUCUUCUCACGAGCAUGUGCAGCCGUGCUACAUCAUUCGAUCUGCCAAAGUCUAA